AUUCGAUAACUCGUUGUAGUUUGGAAUAGAAGGAUAAAUGUAAAUGUUAACAUCCUCUGGGCUAAUUAUCGCAGCAUGGACUGCAGUGCUUUUUCCAUCGAUUUCUUUUGGAUGUUUGAUUAUAUCAAGAGGAAGAGGAAGCUAUAACAAAACAACAAAACUUUUUAAAAUCUAAAAAUUUAAUAAUAAUAAUAAAUAUAUUUGAUAUAAUAAAGUAUAAAAUUAUAUUGAUUAAGCAUACUUUGACUCUAGGAGUGAUAACUUUGAAAUCGUUCAUUGGAACGUAACAAGUGUAACAAAAGUACAUCCGAGACUUAUUACAUUUAGGACAAAAGUCUCUUUCAUCUUUUUCUAAAAGUUUAGACCAAUUGUCAGAAAUGGAGAACUGUUUAAAUGGAUCGUCUAUUUCACUAUUGGUUUCCAUUUAUCAGCACAUUUAUAAUGAAAUACAAAAUCAUUAAGAACAGAUUGAAGACUGAAUUGAAGCAAUACUGAUAUUAUGAUGAAUUGUCAAGGUUUGGUGGGGAUAGGUUAUAAACAUGAUCCAAAGAGCAACUUCUAAAAUGAUAAUACUGAUAGAGAUAUCUUCAACUAUUGUGAUUAGCUUUUGAAAUGAUUUAAUAUUAGGAAUACCACAGAAAUAUAAAAUAAACAAUAGUUAUUAUUUAAGAUUAUACUCAUCUACACAUCUUAGAAACUGAAUUGGAUUCUUGGGUGCUGAAUGUAACCGCCAGGAAUUUGAAUUUUUUUCAACCGCCUGGACCAAUGAGAAGAGAGAAGAGUCGGUGGCUGGCCUAGCUGCUGUGUACCCUCCUCAGUUCACUAUUUCUGUUUUGUUGAAGGCAAUGUUUGUGUUUCCCCUUAUAUUUAUUAUGGCAAAAUUGUCGCUGUUUUACUCCUUCGUUCCCUCUUAGCUCCGAACUUAGCUUACAGGUUUUUUCUUUUGUGAAUAAGUUCUUAGUGCGGUUCUGUUCGUUUUAGCCUGAGCAGAUUAAUUAAGAUGGAGGGCGCUAACGAAGAGACUGAAGCAAGUGUUAUUGUUGAAAAACCCAUGGAGUGUAGUGAUGUUGAAGAGGACCUCGCUAUGUUGGAUCCAAGUGCUCCAGAAUGUUCAAAAAUAUGGCUUUUUGGCGAGAUUGCACAAAAUGAAACUGUUCUGACAGCUGCCAAGGUUUUUAAAGUGGACAUUGAAUCUUGUGAUGAAGAUUGUGAUUUGAAAGAAAAAUGUAAUCGGUCAUAUGUUUUUGUAAUGGAAGAGUUCAGUGGUCCUGUCUUUGAUUACUUAAAGCAGCACGGACAGAGGGUGAUUGGUCCAACCGCUCUUCAGGAACUGGCUGAAAAAGAGUCAUGCCUCCCAGAGUUACAGCGCCCAUUAUAUUGCCAGGCGAUGGCAGGUGUCGUAGUUUGUUUCACUGGUUUCAGGAAAAAGGAAGAGUUGGCUCGACUUAUCUUACUCAUACAUCAUAUGGGUGGCAGCAUAAGGAAGGACAUGAUAACUAAGGUUACCCACCUCAUCGCGAACUGUUGCGGAGGAGAAAAGUACCAAUACGCUACUGCCUUUAGGGUGCCAAUCAUGUCAGCCUCCUGGGUACACAACAGUUGGGCGAUGAGGAACCAGCCAGGUUUCUCUGCAGUUGCCCACGGCCUUGCAGAGCAUCGAUUGAAAGCAUUCCAUGGAGCCCGAGUCUGCUUCUUAGGAUUUCCUGAGGAUGAGAGACAACACAUGGCAGAUAUCCUUGCUGAGAACGGUGGAAUCAGUACAGACAUAGCAGACCCAGCUUGUACUCAUGUUGUUGUUGAUGAGUCGACUACAUCAGCACUUCCAGCAUCACUACCUACGCGGGCAUAUCUAGUCAAAGCAGAAUGGUUCUGGGCAUCAGUCCAGAAUGAGUACUGUGUUGAUGAGAAAGAACAUCUAUUCCAGGAGUAUGUUGGUAACAACACUACUCCUAGAGUAUCAAUCUCGUCAACUCCAGGUUCUUCACGGAAUAGAAAAAGAAAGAGGUUGCGUGCCAACCUAGCGAGGGUCAUAUCUCCUGCCUCUUGUGACCAGGGCAAACGGAGAUCGAGUAUUACUGAUGCCACUCUCCUUUCUUGCUCAGGAUCUUUCCUCGACUCAAGUCCCCUCCCUGAAACAGAAGAGGAAUGUAAUGAUGGUGCUCAUUUAAAGAAUCUCAGUGCAAGACAUCAAGUUUUCUUGGAGCUGCUACAAACAGAAUCUAAUUAUGUUGGGAUAUUAAACACUAUUAUGACAAUGUUUAAAGGACCACUUGAAGAUAUGCUGGAAGAAGAAGACCCAUUGCUCAAUGGUACAGAGUUAAAAAUAAUCUUUGGCAAUCUGCCUCCAAUAUAUAACUGCCAUUGUCACAUGUUAGAGGAGCUGCGUUUUGCUGCUCAUAAUUGGACUGAAGAAAUAUCGAUAGGAAGUAUAUUCCUCAAGUUUGCUCCUGAUUUAGUGAAGGCUUAUCCUCCAUUCGUCAACUUUUUUGAAACAACCCGGGAGAUGUUGGUUAAAUGUGAUGAGCAGAAACCAAGGUUCCAUGCUUUCCUUAAAGCCCGCCAAACGAGGGCUGAGUGUGGUAGGCAGAGUCUUGUCGAGCUCCUCAUCCGACCUGUUCAAAGGCUUCCUUCCAUAUCUCUUUUACUAUCUGAUAUUCUGAAGCAUACUGGUAAGAGCAACUCAGAUCACGUUGCUCUUGAGAAGGCCCUUAGUAGUAUCCGUGAGGUAAUGACACACAUUAAUGAAGAUAAACGUAAAACUGAAGGACAAGUGGUCAUGUUCGAUAUUUUUAAUGAAAUUGAUAACUGUCCAGCUCACCUGGUGUCUUCACAUCGAUCAUUCAUCAUCAGAUGUGAAGUGACAGAGCUCAGUGAUUCCCUAAGCGGGAGGGGAGAUCAGCUAGUUCUCUACUUAUUUACCGAUAUUUUAGAGGUUUGUAAAAAGAGAUCUAAGGCCUUCAAUUCUUUGAAGAGCCCCAGCACGGGGAUGUCUGGAAAGCUGGCAAACAUCAAACCUUACAAGCACAUCAAGCUGAUAUCUCUGUCAACCAUUCGCAAAGUGUUUGACAUUAAAGAAACAGAAGUGUGUCAUAAUGUAUUUGCAAUGAUGUGUCGUUCAACUGAUGACUUGAAGGAAAAGCUUUAUACGUUUACCAUAACCGAUGAUGAGACAGAAAAGUCAUUGUUUCUAAAAACUCUCUGUAGGCAGAUGGCGAAUAAUGCCUGUAGGCCUGAUGCUGAUAAUUUCUUGGCAACGCUUGAUCCUAAGAAUCUCGAUAUCGAAACAAGCGACGUUGGCCUUGGUACCCUUGGAAAGGCGUUUAAGUUUGCCUCGAGGACUAGAAUGAAAGUGGGCCGAGCAUUUAGUUUUAACAAGACACCUAAUAAGUUGAAGCGGGCUGUGUCGACUAUGAUGUCUCCGUUUGGCAGCACUACCAACCUCACUCCAGCAGCAACACAACUGGCUCAAAUGAGGCUAGCCAGCUGCACCAAUAUAUCUGAGCUGGCCAACAAUAAUUCCCCAACAGUGACCCAGUAUGUGGCUCCGCUAUCAGUGCAGCCAACCCGAAGAUCUAAGCAGUCGUCGCUGAGCGUGGCUUCCCUCAGGAGGUUAUGACAUAUGUAUUGUGAGUAUAGGCUGCUUAGAUGUUGAAACACUUACACCAUCCCCUAGCUUUUAUCUCAACAAGACCACUGAUACUAAAUAGUUAUAAUUUCAUAUUUGCCAAAGGAAAUUCACUUAUGAUUUAAAUGUAUAUAAGGAUUUUUUCCAGAAUUUUGAUAGUAAUAGCGAAUUAAUGCUUGAUUUCUAUUAACUUGAAGAAAUAUUUAACUAAACACAAUAAUGUUUGUUCAAACUGUUCAAUCUGUUAUAAGAGAAUUCAUGUUAAUAUCUUAAACCAAAAACACUUUAUCUAUUUAUUCAAAUAGAUCAUAUUGUGCAUAAUCGAAAUUUUAAAAAAGUGGCUAAGUGACCUUGAGGCUGGUUUGCCUAUUUAAAAAUAACCUACAGUGUAAAUCUAAAUGUUAAUAUGAAAUCAUUUUUUGCUCACACAAAAUUAAAUUCAGAUUGUGACUCCUUUCUCUCUCUUUCCAACCAAACUUUUAUAACCAUACAACUCCGAAAUAAGCCAACUAUCUCAUACAGAAUGUAUUAUAUUAAAGGUAACAAACAGGUAUUCAAGCUUGGAAAAAGAUAUUUUUGAAAGAAAAAAAAAUGUUAAAUUUAUGCACUUUUUAAUUUAAAAGAAAUUAGUCUUUUACUAAUUAGGAAUGGUUCAAAAGCGAAGAAAUUGAAAAAAAAAUCGUGAGGACUACCCGGACACACCUCAACAUCGAGAGCAAAGCCAAACAUUCAUGUUUCCAAGCUUAUGCUUUGCAUUUAGUGGUGUCAUUUAUUACGAGCUGCUUCAGCCCAAUGAAACCAUCACAAGAAUUCACUAUAGACUACAACUGAAGCGUUUGAGUCUAGAUCUGCAGCAAAAGCGACCACAAUACGAGCAGAGACAUGAUAAGGUAAUUUUACUGCAUGAUAACUCUCGAUCUCAUGCUGCAAACCCGGUUAAAACAUAUUUGGAAACACUGAAAUGGGAAGUUUUGCCCCACCCGCUGUAUUCACCAAACACUGUUCCUGACUAUCAAUUGUUCCAAUUGCUGACCUAUAGCUUCACCGAGCAGCGCUUCUAUUCUUAUAAUGAAACUAACAAAUGGGUUGAUGAUAGCAUUGCCUCAAAAGACGUUUCUUUUUUUUCAAUGUGGAAUCCGUACAUUAUCUGAAAGAUGGAAGAAAGUAAUGGUUGGCGAUGGACAAUAUUUUUAGUAACCUGCAUCUAACCAUUUUUUUAUAAAUAAAGUUUAAUUUUUAAACUUAUUCACACAUCCUAUAUUGUUCAAUUUUCUCAAGAUUUGGCACAUAGCUUCUUAAAGUAAGGAAAACUACUUAUUGGUAGGGAUUAUUAUUUUUUAAUUCCAGCCCCAGGUGCAGGUCCAUUUUAAUGGUUCUAUAUCAUCAAAAAAUUUUGCACUGUCGUCAUCCAAUGAAGUCGUAAUGGCUGAACAUGUUAGAUUAUUGCUGGUUCAAAUCAGUGAUGGACCCACGAAAUGAAUCUCAACCUUCUCAUUCUAGUUAGAAUUAGUAUGGUUAAUGCGAAAAAAACUUAUAUUAUCUGACAUUGGUGCCACUUUAAGUUCUCCCGUUAAAUGUUUGACAAUCUUUUGUCCAUAUCGUUCUUCUUGUGUUUCGGUACAAGCAGCAAUUAUAACUGUGAAUAUCAAUAUUCUUCAACUUCACUAAAAUCGCAGUAAUAUCAAAUACAAAAUAAGACACCGCACAUCAUUAUAACAAAAUCACAGGAAAAAGACUGUUUAUUGUUUCCUUUCAAUUAAUGUUGUCCAACCAUGUUGCUUUGUGUGGAGCUCAUUUACCUGAAGAAAUGAAAUAGAAUUCCAAAAUUAAUUAAACUGAUGAAUAUCUGCUUGAUAUGUUCUUCAAUAUCUUAUAUUUUUUUUUCCUAAUUUAAUGUAUGAAAAAAACUUUUGACACCCAAACGAUACUGCUCUAGUAGCAACUGAAUUUACAUAACAAUUUAAAACCUUCUAAAUCGAUUUGGAGGACAAAUCGAUCUCAGUAAAUGUGAGCAGUCUUAAAAAUGGUAGAAAGAGGGGGGGUUAAGAACUUCCAAAAGGCACUGCACACACUUCUCUAACAAUUGAAUUUACUUGUUCCAUAUUCAUGUUCCCCAAUUAACUUAAAAACUGGGAGAAACAGUUCAAAAAAUUACAGUGGUGGAAAAACUUUGAAAUACCGAAAAGGCAAGGGUUUCUUUUCCUGUUACGUCUGUUCUCAUUAUUGUCUUAUUCUUUUGGAUGAGCUAUAGUUAAAAUAUAUAUGAUUUUAUACUACUUGUUUAUAUGUUUUUAUACUACUUGUUAUGUGUUUAUUAAAAUACAAGUGUUUUGUUAUAGUGAUGGUAGACCUGGAGCCACAAUGACAGUACUACCAACUGCCUCGGCUGCUGAUGCUUACCAGAUGAGGGAAACUGCUUCCUUCUUUCUCUCUACGACAAUCGAAAAAUCAAAAGUUUUUUCUUUGUAAAUUUUUAGGAAAAUGCUUAUGUAAGAUUUGUACAUAAUAUAACCGAUGUAGAUAUACAUAUAUAUAUAUGUUAUAUAUAUUUGAUAGCUAUUAUCUAUUUAUUAUUGAAGAGAAAAUAUAUUUUAUAUAUGUACAAUAAGUAAAUUGGUAUAAAAAAAGUACCAAACUUUGUCUGGUGAUUUAUUAUGUGCUUGGCUGUGUUGUUUUAAAAAAGAAUAAAAGCUAUUUAGUAAGAUAAUUGAUCAAACCUAUUGUCAAUCAAUAGCUGAUUAAUCUUAAGGAUUUAAUUUUUUUUUUUUUAAUCUUUCUCAUUCUGUUUUAAUUUUAUAUUUUACAUUUUCAUGGGAAGCUCUUUAAUGAUGCACACCCGUCAAUUAUUUAAAUGAAGUAUAUAUUGUAAAUAUAGUAUCGAAUUGUAUAUAUUAAUAUAUAUAUAUACACAAAUAUAUUUAUAUAAAUAUAAUAUUAAAUUAUCUGAAGAUUCUUUCUUUACUUUGUUAAGUAGUUUUUAAAAUGGCUACAACAAUGGUGCCCCAAUCGAAUUUGGCCUUGUUUUGUAUCCCUACUUUUUAAUAAAUAUUUAAUUUUUAUUAAUUAGUUUUGUAUUUAUUAUACCUGUUUUUAAUGCAAUAGUUAUCCUGUUUUUUUAAACUUGAAAUUACUAAAAUAGUCACUUUCUUUUUCAAAAUGGAAACUGACAAUUCAUAUCAAAAUGAUUUACACUAAUUUAUUCAAAAAAUC